CCGCAAAUUAAGGAAGAACAUAAAAGGAAUUCGCUAUGAAAAUUGGAAAUGGAGUCGCUAAUUUCGUUGGGUAAAUGUUAGUGGGCUCAAGAUCAUCCUUAUUUCACAAACAAGCCUACUGGGUCAUAUGAUUCCACUGUAUCCCAAAGGCCCAUAUAAGCCCAAAAUAUGACCAAGCCCAAAUAAUAAAGUGGCACGACACCAGAGAUUCCCUAGUGUUUUUGUCGUUUUGUUUUCACGAAGGAACACUGUUUCCUCGGAUAUGGCCCGCCUUGGCCGGGAGUUUGACUCGCAGAUGGCGACCCGAGCCGAGAGCAAGCAAAAAUGGCCUUCUGUUUGUCUUAGAUCAAAAAGCUCUCGUGGCACUUUCCCCGAUUCCCUCAUCGUCGUACAAGAGACCUUUCAACGGAGGAGGAAGACAAUUUGGUCACUCACUCUUGAGCGCGACGUUAAAACAUAAAACCCCCUGUGGUGGUUGCUGCCAAUUGGCAUUUCCUUUGCACCCGCUGAAGCUCUCACUCGCCGAUAAGAUCAAACUAGUUUCAGCGACAAAAAAGGAGUAAUGGGGGAAACGAAUCAGAAAUCUGGAUCUCCCCAGCAGCAGCAGCAGCCUCUUCUGACUCCCUACAAGAUGGGAAAUUUCAGCCUCUCCCACAGGGUAGUUUUGGCUCCUCUAACCAGGAUGAGAUCCUACGGCCACAUCGCGCAGCCGCAAGCCGUGUUGUACUACUCCCAAAGAACUUCCCCUGGCGGUCUCCUGAUUUCGGAAGCCACUGGUGUUUCGGACACCUCUAUUGGAUACCCAAACGUUCCUGGAAUCUGGACUAAGGAGCAGAUAGAAGGGUGGAAGCCGAUUGUGAAUGCCGUCCAUGAAAAAGGAGGGAUAUUCUUUUGCCAGAUUUGGCAUUCUGGCAGAGUUUCUGAUUACUGCUUCCAACCAAAUGGCCAAGCUCCAAUCUCCUGUACAGACAAGCCUGUUGGAGGUGAAUUCCAGAUCGAUGGCACCAAAGCCCCAGCUUAUCCUGCUCCCCGCCGUCUUGCGACCGAGGAGAUAAAGCAAGUUGUGAACGACUUUGCAGUUGCAGCAAGGAAUGCUAUGGAAGCUGGUUUUGAUGGUGUUGAGAUCCAUGGAGCCAACGGGUACAUCAUCGAUCAAUUCCUCAAGGAUCAAGUCAACGACAGAACCGACCACUACGGUGGAACGAUGGAGAAUCGAUGUCGGUUCGCCUUCGAAGUUGUUGAAGCUGUCGCUAAAGAGAUAGGAGCAGACAGAGUCGGGCUGAGGCUAUCCCCAUUUGCAGACUACAACGACUGCCCCGAUUCCAACCCCGAAGCUCUGGGCCUCUACAUGGCUCAGGAGCUCAACAAGUAUGGCAUUCUCUACUGCCAUGUGAUCGAGCCACGGAUGAUCACUCAGUUUGAAGCACACGAUACCCAUAACAGCGUGCUGCCCAUGAGAAAGGCCUUCAAAGGAACAUUUAUGGUUGCAGGAGGAUACACUCAACGCGAUGGGAACGAAGUGGUAGGAAAUGGAGGUGCUGAUUUGGUUGCAUUCGGACGCUGGUUCCUGGCUAAUCCUGAUUUACCGAGGAGAUUCGAGCUGAAUGCAAAGCUGAACAAGUAUGACAGAAGUACUUUCUACACACAUGAUCCUGUUGUUGGUUAUACAGACUACCCAUUUCUUGAAGCUGCUGACAAAUGAAGUCUGCUGUUCCGAGUUUCCAUUUUUUGUUCACUCCAUUGGUAUGGCUGUCUCUGCUGGCGUAUAUCUGAACUUCUAGAAUAAACCGCCUUGUCGGAGCCUGUUGCUCCUUAACACUAGCAUGUAUCAACAACUCGUGCGUAAAGGAACAAAAUUGAUGGGUCUCGGUAUCCAAUCCAAAGUUGCUUUGAUUUAGAUCAUUUCAAUUGCCUAAGCCAUGGAUGAUCACUCAGCUUGAAGCACUUGUACUUCCCAUGAAAAACCCCUAGAAAUUAACUUCUUAUGGUUACAUUACAUGAGGAUACAGUCAACAUAAUGGCAACGAAGUAGUUGCUAAUGGAGGAGCUUAUUUGGUUGCAUUUGGACGUUGGUUCUUGGCUAAUCCUGAUUUACCAAGGAGAUUUGAGCUGUAUGCAAAGAUUAAUAAGUUAUAAAUGUAUUU